AAAACAAAAUGCAUGUUUUCAAGUAUCAGGAGGCGCUUAGUCAGUGCUAAAACCCUUGUCAAAGAUAUAAAUAUAUAUAUAUAUAGGUCUACGACCUUUGUGGUCUGUUGUGCACUACCGUCUCUAUACGACCAUGCUGAGUUGCAAGAGUUUUUUCUCCAAAAUCAUCAGGAAAAAGAAAAAUAACAGAAACAAAAACAGGGUCAGAAGAAAAUUUCUCUUCAGAAAGCAGAAUUCAAUUUCCAAAAAAGACCUACAAGAAGAAGAAGAAGAAGAAGAAGAAGAAGAAGAUUAUACUGAAGAAGGUUUCAGACUUAAAGCCUCUGCUCCAUCACACGUUCAUGGGGUGCAACCACUGGGAAAUCUCUACCUUAACCCAGGUUCUAUCAACUCGAGAAACACUGGUUUAGGUAAUCUUCAAAUCCUAACUGAUGAGCUCGUUCUUGAUAUUCUAGGGCUUUUGGACGGGAACCACCUAGGGGUUUUAGCCACUGUGAGCAAAUCUUUCUAUAUCUUCGCCAACCAUGAACCCCUUUGGAGGAACAUUGUGUUGGAAAAUCUGAAUGGUGGGAUUCUGUUUAACGGUUGUUGGAAAUCUACCUAUAUUGCUUCCUGUUGCACUUCCUUCGAUAUCUCGAAGAUUGGUUUAUCUGGUUUGAGAGUUAGGGACUUUUAUUCUGAUUAUCUAUUUCAGAGUUGGCUGUGUGCCAAUCUUGAAAUGAAACCUGAAUGGCUUGAAAGGGAUAAUAUAAUUCGAAGAAAGAGCAUUUCAGUUGAAGAUUUUGUGUCCAAUUUUGAGGAACCGAAUAAGCCUGUGUUGUUAGAAGGGUGUUUGGAUAACUGGGUUGCAUCAGAAAAAUGGGAUAGAGAUUAUUUGGCUCAAUUAAGUGGUGAUGUUCGUUUUUCAGUUGGGCCUGUGGAGAUGAAGCUAGGGGACUAUUUUAGGUACUCAGAUCAGGCUAAAGAAGAGAGGCCACUAUAUCUAUUUGACCCAAAAUUUGCAGAGAAAGUUCCAAGAUUGGAUUCAGAGUAUGAGGUUCCAGUGUAUUUUAGGGAGGAUUUGUUUAGUCUUUUGGGGAAUGAGAGGCCAGAUUAUAGGUGGAUAAUAAUUGGACCUGCCGGUUCUGGUUCAUCGUUCCACAUUGAUCCUAACUCAACAUCAGCAUGGAAUGCGGUGAUUAAGGGGUCAAAGAAGUGGGUUUUGUUUCCUCCUGAUGUAAUUCCACCAGGGGUACAUCCCAGCCCCGAUGGUGCGGAGGUGGCAUGCCCUGUUUCUAUAAUUGAGUGGUUCAUGAACUUCUACGAUGCAACUAAAACUUGGAAGAAGAAACCGAUCGAAUGCAUUUGUAAGGCUGGGGAAGUGAUCUUUGUGCCUAAUGGAUGGUGGCAUUUAGUGAUCAACCUGGAGGAAUCAAUUGCCAUUACACAGAAUUAUGUUAGCAGGAGAAAUUUGUUGAAUGUAUUGGAUUUUCUUAGGAGGCCAAAUGCUAGUGCUCUGGUAUCCGGGACUAGAGACCGAAUGAAUUUGUAUGAAAAGUUUAAGAAUGCUUUUGAGGCCUCAUACCCUGGAACCAUUGAGCAGUUGGUGCAGAAAGCAGAGGAGAAAAAGGCCCAGGAGAAAAAACCUUCUUUCUGGGAUUCAGUAACAGAUUCUAAGGUGGGCGCUUUCAAGUUUUCUUUCUAGUUUCUAAAGAGAGGAUUUCUCAAGCAUCUCACUAUACCGGCAGGUGUACAAAGGAAGAGUGCCGCCUAUUGUUUCCUCCAAAAGAUCUAUAGACGUUUUUGAAUUAAUUCAAUUUUGAUAAUUGAUCAUUGAUUUGACAUGUCCAUUAUUUAACGAUUUUUCAGGCAGCGAAAAAUCAAAAAAAGAUGAGACUUUUCUCAAUAUUACUUCCAUUGCAUUUUUAGUUGUCUAUGUUUAGUUAAUCAGCUAAAAACAGGUGAAAUAUGUUAAAGAUUAUGGAUUAUAAGUAAAGCCACAGCAAUGGACUUUCGAAUUGUUAGUUCUUAAGAAGCCGUUGAGUUUGGUGCAUUUCUACUUGCCGGGCCUAGUUAUGUAGGAAGUUGCUAAUGGAAUUCUUUGCAUUUUUAAGUGCAGAUGUGUAAUAUAAAUGUAUCUCGACACUUCCUUAUCAUCAGGUUGAUAUGGUAAUUUUCAAAUUCGAAUUGAUAAUUUAUAA